AUGGAUGUUGAAUGGCAAAAACGAGGUUUGCCAAACUACCACAUUCUUUUGUGGUUACAAACGAAAAUUCAGCCAGAUGAAAUUGAAAAAAUUAUUUCUGCCGAGAUACCAAACAAAGACAGAGAUCCUAUACUUUAUGAAAUAGUAUGCAAGAAUAUGAUUCAUGGCCCAUGCGGCGAGUUAAAUAUUAGAUCUCCAUGUAUGAAUUAUAGAAAAUGUAGUAAGAAAUACCAGAGAUCACCAGAUGAUGGAGGUUAUACUGCAAUAUUAAAAGUUCGUGGUCAAACAGAAAUCGUGGUUGACAACCGUUGGGUUGUACCGUAUUGUCCAGUGCUAUCUAGGUGCUUUAAUGCGCAUAUUAACGCAGAAUACUGUCAUUCGGUUAAAGCGAUGAAAUACACAUCGUUUUGGAGAAUUUUCAAUUUUGAAAUCCAUGAUAGAGACCCGACAGUUCAGCACUUGGCUGUUCAUCUAGAAAAUGGACAGCGUGUUUUCUUUAAUGCUAAUAAUCUUCAUCAAGUUAUUGAAAAUCCAAGAAAAACGACACUAACUGCAUUUUUUGAACUGUGUUCACAUGAUGAUUUUGCGAAAACACUGUUCUAUCAUGAAGUUCCUUCUUAUUAUACCUGGAAUGAUAGCAGAUGCUGGUUAAAGAGAAGACGGGGAAAAGAUGUUCCAGGUUGGCCAGGAAUAAAAAUGGACACUGCCAUUGGUAGAAUUUACACGAUUCACCCAAAUCAAAGUGAGUGCUUCCAUUUAAGAUUGUUACGAAAUUAUGUACAAGGUCCUACUUCAUUUGAAAGCUUGAAGGCCUUUGAUGGAGUCAUUCACGCGACUUUUAAAGCUACCUGCUUUGCUCUUGGACUUUUAGAAAAUGAUGAGCAAUUGAAAAAUGCUCUAGCGGAGGCAACUCUUUCAAAAAGUCCUUCAAAAUUAAGAUAA